UUUUUAGCAUAUCCUGUUGCGUUGUGUUGCGUAGCUAUGAAAUGCUGGUGCAGUUCGCAUGCAGUCAGUGAAAGGGCGCAUACAAGUCACAAUUAAUAAGAAUUCAAAGUCAAUAACGAAAUAUAUUCACACAAAAACAAAUGCAAGACUAACUAAAAAUAUAAAGUUCAACGUUAUUAAGUGAUAAAAUAAAAAAUAUAUUAAAAAUAAAAAUCUAAAUUAAAAAAUAAAAACACAACAUUCACUGCGUACUGCGCCAUGUCUUCAGCGUUUGGUGUGCGUGGCAUUGGACAGAGUUUCGGCAUCAAGCUUUGUUGUUGCCGUGUGUGUACCUGUGUAAAUUUUGGUUUUGUUAGUUCACGUGUGGGUCUUAUAAAAAUAUUGCAACUUGUGUUGGCUACUUUGUGCGAAGGGCUGCUGGUGCGUUAUGGUGUGCCAGCUGCAGAUACUAUUGGACAAGCAUUGACCAGCAUGCUGACCACGACCGCCUAUUGCUUCACAACCACAGCCAUACUGAUGAUAUGCUAUUGCUUCUCGGAGAAAUCUUCAAGCCUAAUUCGACAAUCGCUCUUUGAGACCCUUUUCAAUGCCGUCGCUUGCAGCAUGUACUUCAGCUCCGCCAGUUAUAUGGGAUUUGCUUGCGUGGUGUGGUUGCAACCGCAAUUUCUGAUACGUCCCGGUUUUUGGGCAUACCCAGCCAUGACAGCGGUAUAUUACAUUGGAUAUGCCGCAGGUAUAUUACAUGCCAUUGAUGGUUAUUUAGCUUUUAGAUAUUACAGAGGAUGUCGUUAGCUCAAUAGUUUG